AUGGGAAUGCGACUACCUGGGGACAUCUCAAACGCGGCUGACCUGUGGGAGUUUUUCGUCAGCGGCAGCGAUGCCCGUACAGAGGUCCCAGCAGACAGGUGGAAUGCCCAAAGCUUUCAACGCAAGGGGACGAAUUCCGGGACGACCAUGAGCCGGCACGGCUACUUCCUUGAGAAUCGAGACCUGGCUCUCUUUGACAAGGACGCAUUCCCCUCCAUCAGUCGGAAGGAAGCCGAGCAACUGGAUCCUCAGCAGCGCGUCCUGAUGGAGGUCGUGCAGGAAUGCUUCGAGAGCGCAGGAGAGACCAGGUGGCAGGGAAAGAACAUUGCCUGCUUUGUUGGCAGCUUUACCGAUGACUACCUCGACUUGCAGGCUAAAGAUCCGCUCUACACUGGCUUCUACAAGCUCACGGGGGCUCUGGAUUUUGCCGUGGCGAACCACAUAUCCUACCAAUACGAUCUGAGAGGCCCGAGUGUCACCGUCAGAACGGCUUGCUCAGCGGCUCUGACAGCUCUACACCAAGCAUGUGGCGCACUGCAACGCCGCGAGGUUGACGCCGCUCUGGUCUGUGGAGUGAACCUGAUCACCAGUCCAACUACUUCUAUUGCACUGAACGAGCAAGGAGUCCUGUCGCCGGACGGCUCAUGCAAGACUUUCGACGCUGCGGCCAAUGGGUACGCUCGUGGGGAGGCAAUCACCGCCAUACUCAUCAAGAGGCUCGACGAUGCGCAAGACCAGAGCAGCCCCAUCCGUGCCGUGAUAAGAGCGACCUCUGUCAACUAUGACGGAAAAGGCUCCAGUCUCGGAGCGCCAAAUCCACUUGCCCAUGAAGCUUUUAUCCGCCAAGCCUAUAAGUCUGCCGGGAUAGACGACUUCUCAAAGACGGCGUUCGUCGAAUGCCACGGGACCGGGACUCGGGCGGGAGAUCCGCUCGAGCUGACCGCUGUCGGCAACGUUUUUGGCGACGCUGGAGUCUACAUCGGUUCGGUCAAGCCAAACCUGGGCCAUUCAGAGGGAGCAUCAGGCCUCACGAGCCUGAUCAAGGCUGUUCUGGCCCUGGAGCACAGGACCAUACCGCCGAAUAUCAAGUUCAGAAACCCCAACCCGGACAUAGACUUCAAGUCCGGACGUCUGAAGGUUCCCACUUGCCCCAUACCCUGGCCUCAGCAUUGUGAAGCGCGCAUCAGCGUAAAUUCAUUCGGCUUUGGCGGGAGCAAUGCCCAUGUGAUUGUGGACUCGGCAGAGUCAUUUUGUUUGUCAAGCCAGUUGAAAAACGGACUGACGAACGGGUUGACGAACGGCCACGAGGCGUCGCUCAGUCGCUCUAUCGAGCAAUACGAACAAUACAUGCUCCAGAAUGCUCCCUCGGUGCCUGAUCUCGCCUACACGUUGAGUUCGCGGCGGGAGCACAUGGCGCAUCGAGCAUACUGCAUCACAGAUGAUGGGAAGCCGCCGCUCACCGUCUCGCGGCCUACCAAAGUGGGCAAGAACAUCCCGGAGCUCGUCUUUGUCUUUACAGGCCAAGGGGCCCAAUGGCCGCGGAUGGGCGCCCAACUUUUGGCCGACUUCCCUGUAGUCCGAGAGUCUUUUGCAAAGAUGGAACACACGCUUGCCACUCUACCGACCCCUUGUGACUUCAAUCUCCGGGAGGAGCUGUUGAAGCUGGAAAUGGACAGUUUGAUCCAAAGCGCCACCUUCUCGCAGCCGCUCUGUACGGCCCUCCAAUGUGCUCUUGUGGACCUAUUACACUCGUUGGGAGUCCGCGCCACAGCUGUUGUGGGCCACUCCAGCGGAGAGAUUGCGGCUGCGUACGCAUCUAGUGCGCUGAGCCUCCAUGAUGCCAUCACUGUCGCUUAUAAUCGUGGCAUAUGUUCAUCGGCUAUCAAGAGAUCGGGCGCUAUGGGAGCAAUCGGCCUUGGGAGAGACGAAGUUGAGCGCCUUUUGCGCCCAGGCGUUGUGAUAGGCUGUGAAAACAGCCCUGAGAGUGUUACAAUCUCGGGAGAUACCGAGGCCGUGGACGCGGUGAUAGCCGAAAUCAAGUCAUCACGACCAGAGACGCUUGCCAGGCGCCUGCGCGUCGACAAGGCGUAUCAUUCACACCACGUUGGCGACGUUGCGGAAGAGCAUUGGAAUGCUAUCAGUGGCAUCACGCCCCGUGAUCCUGUGGUUCCCUUCUUUUCAUCACUCCAUGUAAAGGAACUACAUGGCGGCAGCGCCUUGAACCACACAUAUUGGCGAUUGAACGGCGAAAAUGCAGUUCUGUUCUACCCGGCAGUGGCCGCGCUCGUCAAGUCCAACCCUCGACCCAAGGUGUUUUUGGAGAUUGGGCCACAUGGAGCCUUGGCAGGACCACUGCGGCAGAUCAUGAAGACCAUGAAGAUUCCGUUCCAAUAUGUGUCAACACUACAACGGAACUCUCACGCAACGCACAGUUUCUUGGAUGCCCUAGGCAAUCUCUAUCUCAGAGGUGUAACUCCCGACUUUGCAGAGCUGCACCAUGGCAGGAGGAAGGUAUUGACCGACCUUCCCACCUAUCCAUGGAACUACUCAGCAACCUCCAAGUUCUGGACAGAGCCUCGCCUGAGCAGAGACGAGCUUGAGCCAUCGUGGCGGAAUCUGCUCUCGACAGACAACGUCCCCUGGAUACGCGACCACGUGGUCCAGGGCAAUAUCGUUUCCCCUUCGUCGGCUUCGUUCACCGAGGUCAAAGGCGCAAUUUCCUUGCGUCACGUCAUCGUGCGACAAGCGCUGGUCAUGUAUGAGGGAAGAGACAUCGAGCUUUCCACGACACUGCGGCGCCUAAGAUUGACAGAUACGCUCGACUCUGGCUGGUGGGAGUUCAGCGUCUCUUCAUACUCACAGGACAGCGGCACCUGGAUCCCACAUUGCACCGGCGAAAUCCAAGUUUCGCUGCAGUCCACCGGAUCUAGGAUACCCCCAACCGCCACAUCGUUGCCCCGAUCUGUUGAUUCAAAAUACUGGUACAAGAUAAUGGCACGCGCUGGUCUAAGCUACGGCCCCGAGUUUAGAGGCCUGGACAAGAUCACCACCGACCCGACCAGCAACCGGGCCAGCUGCUCCGUAUCUCGGAUUAAGCGACUGCAAGAACCACCCUACCAGAUACAUCCUUGCGAGAUGGACAAGUGUCUGCAGUCGGCCUUUCUCGCCAUGACCAGAGGACUAGGUCGACGCUUUCCCAGCGCUUUAGUCCCCGUGACAAUCGAUGAAAUCACGCUGGGCAAGCAGACCGGCGCGCUGCACUUGGAGACCAGUGCCCAAGUUGAGGCAGGCCGUGGAGACGUGGUCGGGGACAUCGCAGGCUACGAUGAUCAAGGCUCCAUGGUGUUUCGAAUCAAGGGCCUCCGAGCAUCCGUUCUCCACGCCGUAGGUGACGACAAGCAGCAGGAGAAGGCCCAUGCAGGCGCUCGUGUGCGAUGGAUGCCUGACAUUCGCUUCUUGGAUCUUGCCAAGUUGGUUCGCCCCCGGCCCGACCGACGCGACCAGAUAAUCCAACUCGAGACUCUAAGCCUGCUUCAUAUAGUGGACCGCGCUGCAAGGUUGGACCCGUCCCAGCGUCCCGGUGGCUAUCUUGCGAAGCACUUCAAGUGGCUGCUAAAGCAGUAUGAGGCCAUCAAAAACGGCCACAGCGAGGUCGUGCCUGACUGUCAGAAACUCGUCGAGCUGGGCGAGCAAGACCGUCGGAGCUCCAUCCGGAGUAUACAGAAAGCUUUGUCCGAAACAGAGGUUGCCGCGCCAGCAGCAGCUGUCAGCAGGGCAUUCGAGAUUGUGCAAGAGGUGUUUGACGGCAAAGCCGAGGCGGUGGAAAGCCUAUUCCGAGAUGACACGCUGGCCAACCUGUACCGUUUCAUGGACUUUGGGUAUUGCCAAGACUUCUUCCGAUGCCUCGCACACGCUAGACCGACUAUGCGCAUCCUUGAGAUCGGGGCAGGAACCGGCGGCGCCACAAGAAAGGUUUUGAGCAACCUGUUCUCUUCCACCAGCGAGCCGAUGUACAGCUCUUACACCUUCACCGACGUCUCAGCAGGCUUCUUUGCCACCGCCAAAGACGCACUUCAGGGAAUGUACCCAGGGAUCAGGUAUCAGGUCUUGGACAUAUCACAAGACCCAGUUGCCCAGGGGUUCGGGGAAGGCGAAUAUGACCUCAUUAUCGCUGCCAAUGUCUUGCAUGCGACACCCAGUCUUCAGAAAACAUUGUCAAAUGUCAAGAGACUUCUGAAGCCGGACGGAUAUUUAUUCUUGCAAGAGGUGAGCCUUCAAUCAACCUGGAUAAGCUCCAUUUUUGGCCUCCUCGAAGGAUGGUGGCUUGGAGAAGAAGACGGCCGAGUCGACGAGCCGUAUGUGAAUGUCGACAGGUGGCAGCACGAACUGCAGAAGGCCGGAUUCCGAGGCACCGAACUUGCUGCCUAUGAUCACGAAACGCCUUACCAGGUCAACGUCUGCAUCGUUUCCAGGCCGUCGCCGGUUGACGCCAAGCCCUCGAAGCAUGUCACUCUGCUGAGCCAUGACUUUGGCUCUACUCUCUACACAGCUGCUGCCCAAGUGUUCACGAGCCAGGGCUACCAACUGUCCGGUGAGCAGCAGCUGUCCGGUGAUGUGGUUGUGUCACUGCUCGACCUGGAAGGGCCCGUUUUUCAUCACAUGUCACCGGAGAGGCUCCAGAGCCUGCAAUCCUUCUUCAGGCAAUGCAAGUCCACGAACAUUAUAUGGGCAACGAACAGCGCGCAGGUCGACUGCCGAGAACCCCACCAUGCCAUGACAGUAGGCGCCAUCCGCACAUUGCGAGGGGAGUUGGGCCUCCCCAUUACGACGGUUGAGCUCGAGAACACCAGUGAUCAGGCUCUUCUGUCUCUUCUCCGGGUGCUAGAAGCUCAGCAACAACAUCCUCCUUCCCGUGACACCACCGCCUUCGCACUGGACGCAGAUUAUGAGUACAGCUACUCCAACGGUCUGGUGAUGAUACCGAGGAUUAUCCCAUUUUCCAUUGCCGACCAACUGCUCGAUGACGGGCCUCUUGAACAUGGGUCAUCCGAAAAGAGAAUCGAACUGCAGGCCAGCAACGGAGGCAUCGACAGCCUCCGCUGGGUCGCCACACCACCCAAGCAUUGCGGCGAGUUCGAGGUGGAAAUCGACGUCAAGUUUGUCGGGCUCAACUUCAAAGACAUGCUGAUCGCCUUGUCCCUCGUGCGGGAUGCCAAGUCGGAGCUGGGGUUGGACGGCGCUGGCGUCGUCCGCAACGUCGAAUCCAAAGUGACGAGAGUCAAGCCGGGAGACAGAGUCAUGUUCUACUCGGGUGGUGCGUUUACCAGUCGGAUCACCAUUCUCCACCAUCUCUGCAUCGGAAUCCCGGAGCGGCUGGCGUUCGAGGAGGCAGCAACCAUGCCGUGUGUCUUAGCUACUGCCAUCCACUCGAUCCUCGAGCUUGGAGGACUGCAGAAAGGACAGACAGUCUUGAUACACUCUGCCUGCGGAGCAGUCGGCCUCGCAGCGCUUCAGCUGUGCCGUUUUACGGGCACAACCAUCUAUGCCACAGCUGGUACUGCCGAAAAAGUGCAGUACUUGCAGGACAAGUUUGGGAUUCCUCGGGACAUGAUAUUCAGUUCCCGCGAUGCUUCCUUCGCGGCAGGCGUGAUGAACGCCACAAAUGGGAGAGGUGUCGACUUGCUCUUGCACACCUCGUGGCAAUGUGUGGCCAAAUUCGGGAGGAUGGUGGAGAUCGGAAAGCGCGAUUUCCAGGGCCACGCGAAACUCCAGAUGAGCGUCUUCGAAGGAAACAGAUCCUUCUUUGGGGUCGACCUCCACGAGAUUGCCGCAGAGGCUCCGCAUGCCUUUUCAAGGCUUCUGGCCAAGACCAUGACACUAUAUGAGCAACAAGGCUUGAUUGAUCCUAUUGCUCCCGUCACGCUGUACGAAGCGUCUGAGGUCCAGGCUGCCUUUCGACAUAUCCAACAGGGUAAACAUAUUGGGAAAAUUGUUGUCCGCAUGCCAGCAACGCAAAAGCAAGAAGAUGCAUCGCCCGUCGAAAGGCAGCCCAGGGCACUAAACCUCGACCGCAACUCUGCGUAUCUCCUUGUAGGGGGGAUGGGAGGCCUAGGGCGCGUUGUCUCUUCCUGGCUUGUCGAGCACGGAGCUAGACAUCUGAUCUUCCUGUCUCGUUCGGGCUGUACGGUGCAAAUGUUUUCGGGAAGUAUCGCGAGCCUGGACGAUGUUUCGAGCGUAGUCAAAGGAGCCACAGCGCCGAUUAAGGGAGUCCUCAACCUAUCCAUGGUUCUCCAGGACCGAGCAUUUCUGGACAUGACGCAAGAAGACUGGGACACGGCCGUGCUGCCAAAAGUGCAGGGAACUUACAACCUACACCAAGCCACCAAGGAUGUGCCACUGGACUUUUUCGUGCUGUUCGGCUCCUUUUGCGGCAUGAUCGGGCAAUGGAGCCAGGCCAACUACGCAGCCGCCAACACCUACCUCGAUGCGUUCGUCCAGUAUCGCCACCGCCUCGGGCUCCCCGCCUCCGUCAUGGACAUUGGCGUGGUUGAGGAGCAUGGCUACGUCAGCCGUAGUGCGGAGCUGACCGCCACCUUCAAGAACUGGGGUGCUGGGAUGAUCCAGGAGCAGGACCCCCUGGAUGCUCUCCAACUAUCCAUUCAGCAGUCGACCCGGCCAGCUGACAACAACAACACUUCGCUGAUGAUCGGACUGAAGACUUCCAAGGCGCUGUCAGACCCCUCGACUCGGGUCCGCUGGAGGCGAGACGCGCGCAUGGCCAUCUACCACAACGACAGCGGCGGGGUCCAAGUCCAGAGCGAAAGCAAGGAAGACGACGCGGGGCUGAGGACCUUGUUGGAGAGCGCGGCGGAUGAUCCGGCCAUUCUCGAGGAACCUCGGAACUUGCAGGCCCUUACGCGGGCUAUCGGGCUCAAGAUCCACGACCUCAUGCUGCUCCCGCCAGAGGAUCUCGACACCUCGGCCAGCUUGGCGGUUAUCGGGGUUGACUCGUUGAUCGUGAUGGAAAUCCUGGGCUGGUGGAAGACGACGUUCAAGUUCUCUGUUGGCGCUCUUGAGUUUUUGAAUUGUGCCACGAUAGACGGUGUUGGGAGAUUUGCUGCCGAGCGGUUUCCAAAAACACUAAAAUAG